ACGCCCCCGCGCCCCGCGCUCUGCUCCACCCGCAGGGAGUGGUGACCUCCUGCCGGUGGCCAGCGCCGUCCCCCCGGCUCCCCUCCCCUCUGCUCCUCGCCCUGCCCGCGAACGGCCCAAACCCCGCUUCCCGAGCGUGGGUCCCGGACGGACCCCUUGCCCUCACUCUGCGGCCUGGGUGCGUUGCCCUCCCCCGCGCCUGCGGCCGGAGCGGGGCCCCCUCCUAGCCGGGUGUCGAAUAGACCUGGGCUCGCACCUGGGGGUCUCCGGCCCGCGGGCCGAAGCAGACCCCUCACUACUUCUCCUGGGUCGCCCUCCCCGCACCGGGGCUGGCCCUCUCCCCAUCCCCCGCCUGGUCCUGGGCCGGGAAGCGCCCUCCCAGCCUCCCUCCGCACUCUGAUCAGACCCGCUCCCCACUUCCCCGGUUCCAGGGGAGCCCCCAUUUUUCGGUCCCAGGUCCCGGGCCUCCCGCACCUCCGCCCAGCUCGCGUCCCCACCCUUCUCCCCUCUGCCCGGGCCCCGCAGCCGCGCCCCUCCCAGCACCGCGGGGUCGGGGUCCGGGCCGCGGCGGCUGCGCCAGUCGCACUGCGGGCGUUGCGUCCCCGCCGCCCGCGUGGGGCUUGGCAUCCGCCGCGGCCCGAGGGGGUCGGCGUGCGGUCCUGGGAGCGCCCUCCGCAUCCAGGCGCGGCACGCUGGGGGACGGCGCGGGGUCUUGCGGGGCACGGCUCGGGUGGAGUCACUGCGGCGACCGCGGGCGGGAUCGCGGCCAGCCUCCGCGUCGCCGCCGGGCCCGCAGCCUGCCCCCUCCCCCCGCAGCUAGCCACUUUUGUCGGUCGGGUCCCAGCCCCCUGUUCCCCGUGACGGAGCUCUCAGGGCAGGGGCUCCCUAGAAUCCGUGCCUCUCUGGUGUGCCCGGGAGAAGCAGCAGGUGGGCUCGGGCGACCCCAGGGGCCCGGAGCUCUCGCGCCUUCGUGGCCUUUGAAGUUUGGGUCUGAGUUUGUGUGGGUUAAGGGCGCGGUGCGUGGGGCCUUGGCCCGCGCCAGGGGCGCGCGGGUGCCGACCUCCUCGUCGGGGGUCGGGGGUGGCUCCCGUGUGCGCGGGCGCCGGGUGCGGCUCGUGGCCUCGCCCGCGCCUGGCCACGCCUGCAGCGUGCAGCGCUGGCGCAGUCCCUCGGAGGAGAGCCUCUGAGUUCUGCGGCCUCUGCACCGCGCAUCUGUGCAGGCGGUGGCUUUGCGUUCCAGUGACUUUUUCUCGCCCGUUUAGGGAAAAAACAGUCCUGAGAAGGUCGUCCGGGGGUGGGCAGCGGCGUGGUUAGUGUUUCUCGCAGGGGCAGGUGAGGAGGUACAGCGUGGUGGCUCUGAAACCCGGGGAGGGAGGCCUUGGCCGCAGCGGGAGGGAACGGGAGCCGCUGACCGCCCGGUCUCUGCAGCCUGGCCGCUUAGCGGGGCUCUGCUGCGUCCAGUUUAGGAAAAGACUUUAAAAGUGCAGAGUGACCCCGCCUGGUCGCUGCUGCCCAGAAUUAAGAAUCCUGCCCCUUGUCUUCCGGCUGCUGUCCCUGCGAGCCCCGGGGGUGGAAGUCGGUGAAAUGACCAGUCCUAGUGAGCCGGCACCAAGCUGUGUGCUGGGGGGACAGGCCUCCCAGACCUCACUGGCUUUGCUGCUGUCCCUUAUUCCCUUAUCUGCCUGCUGGCCUGCUGUCUGCUGUUUGUCCCCACCCCCUGCCCGUGGCUCUCGCUGGGAGCCGGCAGCCUGAACCUGGGCUGUCCCCAGCCCGAGCUCUCUCCUUGGAGUUAAGCAUUUUGACUGUUAAAGGCGUCGAGUACUGUGGUACCUCACCCAGCAGCUUUUCAUCCUCCAAACCCAAGCUCGGAAUUCUGCCUCGGAUCAGGGAUCGGAUUUCAUGCCUCUUUUUCCAGUCUAACAGCACACAUUUUGGCACGGGUGAGCAGGAAGCCAGGCCCCGGAAGGUUCUGGGCCUGGGAGAGUUGAGGCGGUGGAUGCUGGCGUGGGAGGAGCACGCGUGUGCGGGACACUGCUGCCCUCGCUUAGGGUUUGUUUUUCAUUUAUGCAUUUAGAUGUACAGUUCAAACUGCAUUUUUGGUUUAACCCUGUUCCGGCUGAAAACUGGACGCUGAGCUCCUUGUGCACUGCGGCGCGGUGGAAAACAUUCUGAACUAAAAAUUACUUAUUGUUCCAUUAGUUCUAAAAGCAAUUGGAGGGCGGCGCUGUGGCACAGUGGGGGAAAGCCACCACGUGUAGUGCUGACAUCCCAUAUGGGCGCCGGUUCCAGUCCUGACUGCUCCACUUCCCAUCAGCUCCCUGCUGUGGCCUGGGAGAGCAGUGGAAGAUGCCCAAGUGCUUGGGCCCUGCACCCGCGUGGGAGACCUGGAAGAAGCUCCUGGCUUUGGCCUGGCUCAGUCAUUGUGACCAUCUGGGGAGUGAAGCAGCCGAUCAAAGAGCUCUCUCUAACUCUGCCUUUCAAAUAAAUAAAAUAAAUCUUUUUUUAAGAAAGCAAUUGAAAAUGCUUAAAAUAUCCUCAGAUGACAUAAAUUUUGAUACCUGAAUCAUUAAUAGCGACCUGAGUUAAAAAUACCCGAUGAAUAAUACAAUAGUUUAACAUUAAAAUGACACGUGCACAUUAUAUUCCCAUUCGUUUUAUAGAAACCCAUCUCUUAAACACCAGUGUGACUUUCCGUGAUGAGAUGCCCGUGUGUCCCGUGGCUCUGCGGGCUGCGUGGACGGGGCAGUGUGCAGGGGAGGCGUCACCUGUGUCCUCGCCGCAGCUGCUGGCUCCCGCUUCCGCUGCUCGAGACACAGUGGCUCUUGGAGAAGGCGGGGUGUUGUGGCGCCACUGGUGACGUCACCGAAACCAGGGUACCUGUGCUGGUUCUGACUGCACGGAUCCGACUGGUGGAGAAAACUUGGUCUCCAGGAAGGGCGCAGACGUCCUGGCGUGGGGGAGGGGGCCCGGGAUGCAGACCCGGCCCCGCUGGGGUUUCUCAGCCAUCAUCACAGAGCACGGUAAGAGCCCCCGUGAUGUGUGACACUGGGGACGUCCCCCUGCUGGCUGGUCCCCGUGCUCAGCCGUGCGCCCCACAAAGCUCUCUCCACCUGUCCCCGGGGCCCCUGUUUGCAGGGAAUGCUCCUGUCUGCUCCACGUUUAUCUGGGAACUUUGUGUGAUUCCAGGCUCCGAUCAGAGAUGAGGUGACCUUUGCCAAGAGCACCCCAGAGACUUGCCUGGGGGGCGCUUUGCUUUUAUGUUUUAUUUAUUCAUUUAUUUAUUUGAAAGGCAGAGAGAAAGAGUGUGUGUGUGUUCCAUCUGCUGGUUCACUCCCCAGAUGUCCACAACAGCCAGGGCCGAGGGCAGAGUCCUGGAAUUCAAUGUAAGUCUCCCACCCAGGAGGCAGGGACUCAUCACCACUGCCUCCCGGGGUUGCAUCCGUAGGAAGCAGGAAUCAGAGCGGAGCUGCGACUGGACCCAGGGUCUCUGACACGGGACGUGGGUGUCCUGAGUACCAACCCAGCUGCUGCACCAAGCGCCUUCCCCAUGUGUGUGCUUUUUUUUAAAUCUUUAUUUAUUUGAAAGAUGCUUACAACAGCCAGGGCUGGGCCCAGUCAAAGCAGGAGACCCACCCUCCACCUGGGUCUCCUGUGUGGCUGGGGGGUGACAGAGACUCGAGUGCUGAGCCGUCCCGGCUGCCUCCUGGUCACGUUUGCAGGAGGCUGGGUUGGAAGCAGAGCUGGGACUCAAUGCUGGCACUUGGAUGUGGGGGGUGGGUGCUCCAAGUGGCAGCUUAACUCGCUGCACGGCAACCCCUGUCCCCAUGGAUGAAUUUAAGGGUUUGGCAAAGCCGGCCAGCCUGGGUGCACACCCGGCGGCGUGUUUGUGGGACCAGGCAGCUGGGCAGCGCGAAGCUUGGGCUUUGUGCACGUUGUGUGUUGAGUUUACUGUUUCAGCCCGCGGGGCGUUGAUCGGUGCUCAGGUUCCUUGUGGGUUUCCCAGGGCCCUGGGCCGGCCCUCUGUGCCUUGACCACCUUGCUGAUGGGGUGGCACCUUGAAGUGAGUGGCCAACAGGGCAGGUCCCAGGGGGAAGGGGCAGAGGCCAGGGUUUGUGUCUGGAUGGCCCCCAGUGCGUAUCAACGAGGUGCAGUCUGGUCUUCCCUGUAAGGCUCCACCUUGAUGCAUAAGAAUUAGGGGUGACAUGGAGCCAGCAGCCCCUGAGGCCCGGAGCGCCAUGGGCAGGGUCUUCCAUGACCUGGGCCCUCCCCGCUGCGGGAUCCGGACGGGUGCGUGGCCUGCAAGAGCCUUCAUUUCCCUGCUCUGUGUCGUAUGGGCAGUGGGCUGCUGUCCUGCAGUCCGUUAGCUCCCUGCGCCAGGCGUCCACCCUGUCCUGGCUUGGGAUCUGAGCGGUAGCUUCUAGCCAGGCUGCUAACUGAUCGGCUUACAUCCCGUAAAUUCUGGGUGCCCAGCUGUGGCCAGGCGGCGCGUGGAUGCUGGGAAGGGCAUGUUUGUCUCUGAGAUGAGCUACCGGAAGGCCAUUGCUCACCGGCCAGGCCAGGGCCAGGUCGCUCUCCCGGCAGGCGCCUGGCCCCGAGCCAGGCUCAGAAAGCCCUGGGAGGGAUGCUGGGCAGUGCUGAGUCAGGCUGGCUCGGCCGGGCCCGCACACCACGCUGUUGCCCAGGGUGCCCCGACUGCAGAAGGCACUGGGUCCCCCCUUCCCCGCCCCCCCCCCAGAGCGCCUUCCUUGGGACAGCCUGGUACUCGUCUGUCUCUUAAGGUGGUUUCACAGGCAGUGGCUGUGCACGGGCAGCUGGGUCUUGCUAUGGUCUCUGUGUGGUCCGGGAAAGCCGGUGGCAUUGUGGGCAAGGGUGAGGCCGCGACGGCCACCACUGGGGCUCCACGUUCGGCAGGCAGAGCGCGGUGAUUACCUGAAAUGUGGGACAUGGUUUCUGUUACGUGGGCGAGCAGGGGCGAGGGCGUCCAGGGCGUCGUGGAGUUGAUGUUUGGACUCAGUGGCCCCCGGCAGGAGGGUGGUGUGGGGGCAGGCACCGGGGCCUGGCACUGCUCCACCUCCAAGCAGGAGGCCUGGGAGGCAGUUUCGUUCGCCCCUAAGAGGAGAGAUGGGGUGGUUUAAGGACGCGCUAGUGCGUGGUUGGAGCCGCCGAGAAUUCCCAGAACACUAGCUUUGCUUGCGAAUGUGCGAAGCUGCACUUCUGAGAGCCACUGAGUGGCUGCCGCGGCCUGGUCUCGCCUGGGCUCAUGGUGUGCCGGUGCCCCUGCACGGCAAGCAACCGCGCGCUGACUGCAGUGCGAAGGAACUGAGCACUUCUGGAAAGCGUGGGUUUUAAGUAUUGCUUUUUUUUUUUUUCUACAGGCAGAGUGGACAGGGAGAGAGAGACAGAGAGAAAGGUCUUCCUUUGCCGUUGGUUCACCCUCCAAUGGCCGCCGCGUCCAGUGUGCUGCGGCCGGCGCACCGCGCUGAUCCGAAGGCAGGAGCCAGGAGCCAGGUGCUUCUCCUGGUCUCCCAUGGGGUGCAGGGCCCAAGCACCUGGGCCAUCCUCCACUGCACUCCCGGGCCACAGCAGAGAGCUGGCCUGGAAGAGGGGCAACCGGGACAGAACCCGGCGCCCCGACCGGGACUAGAACCCGGUGUGCCGGCGCUGCUAGGUGGAGGAUUAGCCUAGUGAGCCGCGGCGCCGGCCAGUAUUGCAUUUUUUUAAUUAUCUGAAGUUUUGCUGCCCUCCGUAGCUUAUAUGUCUAAAUAGCAUGGGAGGGGCUGACGCUGUGGUGUAGUGGGUAAAGCCGCCGCCUGCAGUGCUGGCAUCCCAUAUGGACGCUGGUUUGAGUCCUGGCUGCUCCACUUCCGAUCCAGCUCUCUGCUGUGGCCUGGGAAAGCAGCAGAAGAUGGCACAAGUCCUUGGAGUCCUGCAUCCGAGUGGGAGACCCAGAAGAAGCUCCUGGCUCCUGGCUUCAGAUCGGCACAGCUCCUGCUGUUGCAGCCUCUUGGGGAGUGAACCAGCGGAUGGAAGACUCUCUCUCUCUCUCUCUCUCUCUCUCUCUCUCUCUCUCUCUGCCUCUCUGCCUCUCCUUCUCUCUGCAUAACUCUGACUUUCAAAUAAAUAAAUAAAUCUUUAAAAAAUAAAUAACUAGCGUGGGGGCCACAGAUGGGAGCCUCCCUAGUCCUGUGCCUCAGUUUCCCUGGCUGUCAGUGGGGGAGCAGCCCUGCCUGUGGAAUUGCUGGGAGCAAAGGCUCAGUCACAGCUGGCCCCUGUCCGUCCUAGUGAGGGGAAAGCUGUGGGUUUGGGGCCGGCGCUGUGGCGCAGUGGAUUAACUCCCUGGCCUGAAGUGCUGGCAUCCCUAUGGGCGCUGGUUCGCGUCCUGGCUGCUCCAGUUCUGAUCCAGCUCUCUGCUGUGGCCUGGGAAAGCAGUGGAAGAUGGCCCAAGUGCUUGGGUCCCUGCACCCGCAUGGGAGACCCGGAAGAAGCUCCUGGCUCCUGGCUUCGGACUGGUGCAGGUCCGGCCGUUGCGGCCAAUUGAAGAGUGAACCAGCGGAUGAAAGACACCCCCCCCCCCCACCUGCCUCUCCUCUCUCUGUGUAACUCUGACUUUCAAAUAAAUAAAUAAAUUUUAAAAAACGAAGCUGUGGAUUUAUUACAGGCCCACCGCUGAGGUGGUGAGGGCUUAGUGUCCAUACUCCAUCGCGUCCCAGAGGUCAGCUAUGGCCUCCACUCCUCCUGCUGAGUAAUUCUGAGGGUGAAACGUCCGCUGCCCCUCCCCCUUCUCUGCUGGUGGCCUGGGAAGAAGAGCCUGCCUCAGUUCACCUCGGCACCCUCAUGGGCCCGGUUACAGAUAACCACAGUAAUGAAAGAUAAGGAGGGCCUCCUGUGCUCUCCUGGGACAAAGGUGUGGCUGUGCCCCCCGCUGGGCGCCCACCUCCCCAUGUGGCUGGGAGGCCUGGGCAGCAGGCCUGGGCCCCCCGCCUACGCAGCCGUCCCCUGUGGCCUGCAUCCCCUGUUUGUGGCUGGAUGCUCGGGAUCCAGUGGAGGACUCAAGGCCAGGCGUGGCAGGUGUGAGGGGCAGGGGGCUGGGCACCAUCACCACCUCCCGAGGAUGUGCGUCCGCGGAGGGUGCAGCCGGGUGCUCCAACCACGCCUGAACCGGUAGGCCAAAUGCCGACUCUCGACUCGCCUUAAAAAGGGGCGGGCCAGCCUGGGCUGCGCUCGUCUCUUAUCUCCUGGGCUCUGAUUUGACAGCUGACAGAGUUCCCUUGGUUAAGGCAUCGAGGUUUCUGGGUUGUCUUUUAAUGUCUAGGCCAUCCUAUACACUCUGUUUUCCAAAUGAGGUCUCAGAGAGGGCCAGGUUGCUGGGGCUGUCACAGCCAGGAAGAGGCAGAGCUGGGAUUUGAACUCAGUUCUGCUGGACCCCAGAGCUGGAAUCUGCGGGCAGCACUGCCCCGAGCCGUGUGUGUGUCAGGCGACAUCGCGUUCUCUGCAGGAAGGCGCUAGCCGUUGCCGGUUUCUACGUAAGUCCCGUGUGGUGAAACACUUUCCCACUUUCUGAGUUGAUUGCAGAGAAACCUAGAUAUUGAUGGGUAAUUCAAGUAUUUGAAGGAAGAAGACAAAAAUGAAUGGAUUUUUAAAAACUGAAUAGAUUAAGGAGAAGUUAGAAUAGAACAUUUCAUAUUAUGAUAAUUUAUGUAGAGUAGUGGGUAAGAUGAAUGGAAUACAUUUUUUCCUUACAGUAAGUGUUUGGAAGCUCUCUAUUUUCCAUUGUUUUCCUGCUGGAUGGAGGCGGUGGGGGGCUGUGGGGGCACUUCUGGUGGGGCUGCGUUCACGGUCCUCAGAGCUUUGCACGGCUGGAUCUUUGUCUGCUGUGUGUGGGGUUUGUUUCCAGCUGGGUUCCCCCUGCCGGUCCCCCACCGGCCCAGACUCCGGCUUCCCUGGGAGAUGCAGCCAGCACCCCCAGUUGGUGAUGGUGUCCUUGGCACAGGCAUUGUUUUCGUCGUAUUUCAGUUUUAAAGAAUAUUUCCAGUUUUUAAGAAAGAUUUAUUUUAUUUCUUUGAAAUGCAGAGUUACAGAGAGAGAGAGGUCUUCCAUCUGCUGGUUCACUCCCCAAAUGGCCACAAUGGCCAGAGCUGGGCUGAUCUGAAGCCAGGAGCCAGGAGCUUCUUCCUGGUCUCCCGCAUUGCAGGGGCCCAAGGACUUGGGCCGUCUUCUGCUGCUUUCCCAGGUGCAUUAGCAGGGAGCUGGAUCGGAAGUGCAGCAGCCAGGACUCAAACCAGUGCCCAUAUGGGAUGCCGGCACUGCAGGCGGCAGCUUUACCCGCUACACCACGGUUCCGGCCCCAGCGUCUCCAAUUAUUUUUAUGGCAAGUCGAGAGUUGGCAGCUGGCCUUCUGGUUGAGGCGUGGGCUGGAGCACCUGGGUUUGACACCUGGCUCCAGCACCUCACCGCACCUUCCUGCUCACUCAUCUUCGGGAGCCGGCGAUGGUGGCUCAAGUAACGGGCCCAGCCACCGCGUGGGGGCCUGGACCAAGUCCUCACUUCCUGGCGCUGGCCUGGCCCAGCCCCGGCUGCUGUGAGCAUCUGUGGAGUCCUCAGCCCACGGGAGCUCUGCGUGUUCAUAAUCACCGAAAGGUGGGAGCCGCCCCAGCGCCCGGCAAGGGCUGGCUGGCAAACAAGGUGGACGUGGUCUUUCACGCCCCGGAGACACCAGGAGAAACCCGUGACAUGAGGCCGCGUGCCAUGCGGUUCCACUCGUGUGGAUGUCCAGGCCCCUUAAGCAGGCUGGGGACUGCCGGGGGCUCAGUGGGGCUGGCUGCUUACGGGGAUGGAUGGGGUUUCCUUCAGGAGUGGUAAAGUUCUAGAUGUGGGAGGCAGCGGUGGAACCGCGCGGGGAAUGCACGGCCGACUGCGUGCUGCGCGGGUUUCGCAGAGGAACUACAGGGGCUGUCACUUUGUUUCUGAGGUUAUUCCGUAAGGGACAAGAUGCUCAGCCCAGGGGCUUGAGGCCGCCCUGCCCCCCUUGCCAGCCCCCUCACUGGAGCUCCCCAGAAGGGGCUCAGGCCUCUGCUCGGCCUCCCCGCCCGCGGGGUUCCCAGAAGAUGGCAGUUGGCAGGCGGCAGCCCCCUGGGAGCUUUGUGGCCCCAGGCCAGGCUCCGAAGGGCAGACUGCGAUCAGUGAGAGGCAGAGUGUCCCAAAGGGGUGGACGUGAACGGGCGGCGGGGAAGGCCUGGUGGCCUGCAGGGCGGCAGGCGAGCCACUUCCGGAGUUCGGCUGGGACGGCGCACAGGCACUGAGGGUCUGCCGCUGGGGGUCCUUGCAGGCCUGGUGCAGGGUCAGCUCAGCCCUGGAACCAGGACCUGCGGGGGCCUCCCGUGGGAGCUGGGCAGCAGCUGACUGAGUAAGGGGUGGGUGGUGGGGGACUAAGACCCCACGUGUGUGGGGAGCAACUCGGACUAGACUAAGUUACUGGAAUUAAGACUUAUUCUAUGCAUCUGCUCUCCCACAAUAUGGCGCUGGGAGAGAAGAAAACAGCUUCUACACAGCUGCCUCCAGUUCAGCCAAUAAACUGUAGGACCUGCUCCUGAUUGGAGGAGAGCAGCGUACUCGGCGUGUGGGUAGCAGAGUUGGGAUUGGUGGAAGAGGACUGUAAAGGAGGAGAGAGACAACAUGCACCAGGAACAUCUAAGGGGAACAUCUAUCUGAAGGAACACCUGUGCAGCCCCCGAGAGAGCCGGCUGGCGGUGUGCCGCUCCCCUGCGGAAGUGGGGAAAGUGGCAGGGGGAACCGCCCUUCCACGGAGGUGGAAGGGUCGGUAGCCAACCCGGGAAGAACCAGCAGCAAACCCGGGGAGGGCCGAGCAGACAAAAGAACAGUGCGGGGUCCUGUGCCGUUCCUCCACGAAGAGGGGGAGCGACACACAUGGAGCGUAGGAGGGUUCACACCAGACCGGAAUGCUUUGAACUGUAGCCUGCUGUCUCCUUCCCCCCUGCCCAGUGGCUCUGUUCCUGGGGCGGGGCUUCAGCACGGUGGGAUGGACUGGCAAGGGGGCUUCAGUGGUCGUGCCUGGGCCGUUGUCUGCCAUCUCUGUCCUCUGGGAAUCUGACGGGAGAUUUGGUUGGUGAGGGCCUGGGGACAGCGGAGACCCACGGUUGGGUGCAUCAGGCCCAGCGUGGAGGUCACACAGUGUCUCCUCCAUUUUAGGGGCUCUGGGGUCACACAGGGAUGGGGAGAAAGGUGUAUCGGGGGCUCGUGGUGGUGGCUGUGGGGUGCAGCCCCGGGAGGUAAGGGGUCUUCCAGAGGUGGGAAGGGUCAGGGAGCGUCGGGGGUGGGGUGGGGGGCCUGCGGGACAGCAGAGAGAAACAGGAGACUGCUUGCAGCUUGGCGAGCGUUUUCCUGAUUGGCAGGUCAGGUUCCAUAAGCGCAAGUCCCACACGGGAUGGACGGUGGUAGACGCAGGGUGAGUCCCAGUGGACCUGAGGCCGCUGCGUCGCAGGGCCCCAGGGAAGAGGAGGCCAGGACUGCCCGGCUGCUGCGCCUGCUGCAGCCCCAGCCCGGGACGGCCAGGCGAUCGUUCCAGCCAGUUCCAAGUAAGCUCUGCUGAGCAGAGGGACGUGGAAGGCGGUUUUUGAUUCAGGCAGGCAAAAAAGGAACCGCCCCCAAACCCCUGCCGGAGAAAAUGUACUGCAAAUGGAAAAUCAGAGUCGGAAGGGAGCAGUGGGAGGCAAGAAGCCAGGGCGGAGGCGGGAGGCGUGGGCGUCAAAGCUGCAGUGGCCGGGCGUGGCAUCCGGGCCCAGGGCUCCCCUUGCCGCUUGAGCGGCCCCGGAAAGAAGCGAACGGGAAUCUGGACCUCGGGCCUGGGAGGUCCGGGGGUCCACGGCUCGGUGGUCGGCGUUGAGGCUCAGGGUGGCAGUGGACUUCUGACCGUGAGUUCAGUGUGUGAAUUAGCACGGAGCAAAUGCUGGGGUAAUCCAUACAGAGUGGAUAACUUCCAAACCAGGAGAGCGCGAAAAGAGGAAUAAGCUGACAUCCAGCCAGUCACCGCAGGAGGGGAGGGGGGGGCAGCAGAGAAAGCGGCCGGGUGAAGGGACGGGCAUCUGGCCGAGUUGCAGUGCCUGGGUUCAGUGCCCAGCCCCGGCUUCCUGCCAGCGCAGACGUGCCGCCCACAUGGGCGUCCUGGAUUGAUGUCUCGGUGCGCAGCCUCACCCCAGCCUCGUCCCAGUGCGUGGGAGCUCUGUCCGUCUCUGCCUUUCGAGUAAGUAAGUGGGCAGAGAACCACACAGAGCCAAAAAGUGAAGCUGCAGAAGUAAGUGCGGCUCCACCGUGGUCACAGUAGGUGGGAACGGAGCGACCGCACUGGUCAAAGACAGGCCUGAUUCACUGAAGUUCAGCUGUGCCCAGCACUGGUGGUUAGGAGGCUGGACCGCCUGGUUCCAGUUCUUGCUAAUGCAGACCCUGGGCGGCAGCAGGCGGUGCUCAAGUCCCUCCUUCCCCAACCUGGGUUGUGUGCUUGGCUCCUGGCUUCAGUCCUUGCUUGGCCCCAGCCACCACUGAUUUGGAGAGUGAACUGGUGAAAGAGGGGCGGGGCGUCUCUUUGUUUGUCCAUCUCAAAUUUCAAAACAAGCGGAAAACCCCCACCCAGCUGCCUGCCAUUGGCCGGAAUGUCUGUAAGGCAGCUUCUCAGUGACAGGACCAGGAAAGACCCCCAAAGCGAGGCCUCCAGGCUUUGUGGGUGGUAGGUAAGAGGUGGGGCAAGGCUACCGAGGGGGAGGCCUGCCAGGCAGACUCAUGCCUCCUGCAGGUCGCUGGUUUUCUGGGGGCCUGCAGACCUUUCUGGAAGGAACAGAAGGGGGGGUGCUGGUUUGCCACCUGGCUCAGCGGAGGCCUGGGAGCUGGGCUGGACCUCCAGGGAGGGCCUCUCCACCUCUGCGGAGCCAGUGGCAGUGGGGGCUGCGCCUGCAGGGCCCUGCCUGGGCUGGGGCAGGUGGGGGCCGAGCCCUGCAGGUCUGCAGAGCAGGUCAUCUCGGGCUCCCACCAGUGCCUCUUGCUGGUGUUGAGUCCUCUGCUUCCUGUGUCAGGCUGGGAGCUCCUUGAGGAAGCUGGUGGGUGCUUAAGAGAUGUGUCAGAUCAGCUGUUGGACAGUACAUAAAUUAGGCGUGAGUGUUUUUAAGAUUUAUUUUUUAUUUAUAUGUAGGCAGAGUUAGGGGGCGUUCGAGCUUCCAUCUGCUGGUUCAUGCCUCAAAUCGAUGCGAUGGCCGGGACUGGGUCAGGCUGAAGCCAGGAGCCAGGAGCUUCUUCCAGGUCUCCCACGUGGGUGUAGGGGCCCAAGCACUUGGGCCAUCUUCCACUGCUUUCCCAGGCCACAUCAGAGAGCUGGAUUGGUAGAGGAACAGCCGGGACGCGAACCGGCGCCCAUGUGGGAUGCCGGGACUGAAAGCGGUUUUAGCCACUGUGCCACAGCGCCGGCCCCAGGUGGGUUUUUAAAAAUCACUUUGAUGCGCAUAUUUGUAGCCAGGCACACAGAGCUUCUGUGAGCCAUAGAGAGAGGGUCCUGUGCAGAUCCUGGGUGCUGGACAGGACCUUGAGUGUGGAGGACGUCCUGGCCUGGGACGCUUUCACUCUGGGUGUCUGUGCUCCUGGUGAUUAGACGUUGGUCUCUGCUUUGAGGUGAAGGUGAAGGUGACGGCGACGGCAGCGGCCACGUUUCCCGAGACUGGGGGGGGGGUGUGCUGGCCGAAUCGGGCUCCUCUUCACAGGACUCCCUCCUGGCCCUGGACGUGAACCUCUGAGGAGCCUGAGAUUGCUGAUAGAAGCCUGCCCACCAGUGGCCACCAGGAGCCAUGUGGACGGCGCAAGCCCAGGACUGGGCUCGGGGAGCUGGGGCCAGCUGCGGUGUUCGCAGGUGCCAGCAGGUGUACCGUGGGCGGUACUGCGUGUGCAUGCUCCACUACAGGGAGUCCAUGGCCCCAGAGAGCCUGUGCCCAAGCCCUCGCCGUUUUGGACUCAGGGGUGGGCUGGCUGGGGGCUCUGGCAGUACCUGGAGGGUCUCUCCUGGCACCUCCCGGGUGGCACAGGCUGUGUGUGAGGAUUAGCACUCAAAGCUGGAUGUGGCUGGUCGUCUCUGACGCCCCUGGUGCCACACAGUUUGAGCGUUGUCCUUGGGCUGUUUUUGGAGAAGGAGCUUUAUGAUGGAGCUUCUCAGGGGACACCUGGUGGCCCUGCCAUGCAGAUGACAAGAACCCAGCUCCUCGUGACCCGAGUGACUGAAGUCUGGGCUGGUGUGGUCUGUGUCCAGCCGGCGUUGGGUUGGGAUGACGGCCCGAGCUCUGCUCCAAGAGAUGGAAAAAAAUAGACGUUAGAAAGAAGAAGCCGUGAGAUGCGAUGGGGGACACAGUCACCACCCCCAGCUGUGUCCCGGCCCCUUCCCUCCUCCUGCCCUCGCUGCAGACGGAAGCCGAUCUGCUCGCCGCCAGGGCUGCUCGCCGAGGCACACGGCCAAGGAGAACCGCGGGAACGCCAGAGGCCUGGCUUCCUCGGCUUGGACGGAAGUUUCGGGAAAGUCUGUGAGCAUCAGGACAGGGUUAAGGAGGGUGCCAGGGACGGGAGCUGCUCCCACGGCAGAAGCCCUGCCUCCAACACCCGCUUAGGAAAGGCCGAGGAGUGACUAAUGAGACCCCGCGAGUGCUGGGUCUCACCCCUGCUUUCACCCCGGGUGCCGGAUCUCACCUCUGGAUCACACGCCUGCACAGGAGCACACACAUGUACACAUGCAUGCACACACAUGCAUGUACAGGAGCACACACAUGCAAUACACCUGCACAGGAGCACACACCUGCACACACCUGCACAGGAGCACACACAUGUACACAUGCAUGCACACACGUGCAUGUACAGGAGCACACACAUGCAAUACACCUGCACAGGAGCACAACCUGCACACACACCUGCACAGGAGCACACGCAUGUACACAUGCAUGCACACACGUGCAUGUACAGGAGCACACACAUGUACAAAUGCAUGCACACACAUGCAUGUACAGGAGCACACACAUGCAAUACACCUGCACAGGAGCACACACCUGCACACACACCUGCACAGGAGCACACGCAUGUACACAUGCAUGCACAUACGUGCAUGUACAGGAGCACACACAUGUACACAUACAUGCAUGCACAGGAGCACACACAUGUACACAUGCAUGCAUACACGUGCAUGUACAGGAGCACACACAUGCGCACAUACACACAUGCACAGGAGCACACACAUGUACACAUGCAUGCACACACAUGCAUCUACAGGAGCACACACAUGCACAUAUACAUGCAUGCACCGGAGCAUGCACAUAGGAACUCACAUGUACACAUACAUGCAUGUACAGGAGCACACACAUGCACAGGAAUACUCACAUGUACACAUACAUGCAAGCACUGGAGCAUGCACACCCGUGCAUGUACAUACACGUGCACUGGAGCACACAUGCACACACACACCUGCACUGGAGCACACACAUGUACACACACAUGCAUGCACACACGUGCAUGUACAGGAGCAUGCACAUGUACACACACGUGCAUGUAUAGGAGCACACACAUGUACACACGUGCAUGUAUAGGAGCACACACAUGCACACACACGUGCACGGGAGCACACAUGCACAGGAACACUCACGUGUACACAUACAUGCAUGUACAGGAGCACACAUGAACAUACAUGUGCACUGGGGUACACAUACAUGCAUGCACUGGAGCACACAUACAUGCGUGUACAGGAGCACACAUGCACAUGCACUGGGUCUCACACAAUGGAGCACGCAUGUGUACACAUCACACAGGCAUUGGGUCUCAUGCACUGGAGCACACAUGUACGACACAUGUGUGCACUGGGUCUCAUGUCCUGGGGUGUGCACACACACACACACACACACACACACCCGUGCACAGGCCUCACCCUUUCUGCCUCUUCAGGAAGCUCCCUGCAGCUCUGGG